AUGGAUGUUGAUGCAAGGGAACUUGGACCAGGAAGGGAAGGCAGCCAAGGGCAGUUUCCACUAACACAGAAUGUAACGGUUGUUGAAGGUGGAACUGCGAUUUUGACCUGCAGGGUUGAUCAAAAUGAUAACACCUCCCUCCAGUGGUCAAAUCCAGCUCAACAGACUCUGUACUUUGAUGACAAGAAAGCUUUAAGGGAUAACAGGAUUGAGCUGGUUCGAGCUUCCUGGCAUGAAUUAAGUAUCAGCGUCAGUGAUGUGUCUCUCUCGGAUGAAGGACAGUACACUUGUUCUUUAUUUACAAUGCCUGUCAAAACUUCUAAGGCCUAUCUCACUGUUCUGGGUGUUCCUGAGAAGCCUCAAAUUAGUGGAUUUUCAUCACCGGUUAUGGAGGGAGAUUUGAUGCAGCUGACUUGUAAAACAUCUGGUAGCAAACCUGCAGCUGAUAUAAGAUGGUUCAAAAAUGACAAAGAGAUUAAAGAUGUAAAAUACUUAAAAGAAGAGGAUGCUAAUCGCAAGACAUUCACCGUCAGCAGCACACUGGAUUUCCGAGUGGACCGGAGCGACGAUGGUGUGGCUGUAAUCUGCAGAGUAGACCACGAAUCCCUCAAUGCCACCCCUCAGGUGGCCAUGCAGGUGCUAGAAAUACACUAUACACCAUCAGUUAAGAUUAUACCAUCCACUCCUUUUCCACAAGAAGGACAGCCAUUAAUUCUGACUUGUGAAUCCAAAGGAAAACCACUGCCAGAACCUGUUUUGUGGACAAAGGAUGGUGGAGAAUUGCCAGAUCCUGACCGAAUGGUUGUGAGUGGUAGGGAGCUAAACAUUCUUUUCCUGAACAAAACGGAUAAUGGUACAUAUCGAUGUGAAGCCACAAACACCAUUGGCCAAAGCAGCGCAGAGUAUGUUCUCAUUGUACACGAUCCCAAUGCUCUGGCUGGCCAGACUGGCCCUGAUCAUGCUCUUAUAGGAGGAAUAGUGGCUGUAGUUGUAUUUGUUACGCUGUGUUCUAUAUUUCUGCUUGGCCGAUAUCUGGCAAGACAUAAAGGAACGUAUUUAACAAAUGAAGCUAAAGGAGCCGAAGAUGCACCAGAUGCUGACACAGCCAUUAUCAAUGCUGAAGGCAGCCAAGUCAAUGCUGAAGAGAAAAAAGAGUAUUUCAUUUAAAAUGCA